AUGUUGCGCACAUUGGCAAUCACAAGCCUCCUUACAGGACAAUCGUUACGAGCGAUAGCCCAACGCGACGAAGUCGAUAACAACAACCUCGACCCUCUAAAAUUCAAGCAAGACGGCACAUUCCAAAUAUCCGUGUUUUCAGACCUUCAUUUUGCCGAAGAUGCAUCCUCAAUAGGCCCCGAAAAGGAUGCCAGGACCGCAAAGGUCAUGGGCGACGUUAUCGACGCAGAAUCACCGGACCUAGUUGUUCUCAAUGGCGACCUUAUCAAUGGCGAAUCCACAUUUGUUUCGAACAGCACGGUUUACAUCGAUCAAAUCGUCGCUCCGAUGGUCGACCGAAAUCUUACAUGGGCUUCGACUUACGGGAACCACGAUCAUAAUCGUAACCUCAACGGUUCCGCAAUGCUGGAGCGCGAACACACAUGGCCGGGAUCUCGAACAGACUCGAUGGUUCCCGGGCGGGACGCCGGAACAACGAAUUAUUACCUUCCCGUAUACGCGUCCGAUUGCAGCAGCAACUGCACACCGGAGCUCAUCCUCUGGUUUUUUGAUAGCCGUGGUGGCUUCUACUAUCAAGGCAGUGCUCAACCGAACUGGGUUGACAGCAGCGUCGUGGAGUGGUUCAACGAGACCAAUGCCGAUCUGGUCGAGGAACAUGGCAAGAACAUUCCUUCUUUGGCUUUUGUUCACAUCCCGGUUUACGCUUCUCUUCAACUUCAAAAGGAUAGCGGCAUUGAUGAGAACAACCAGCCCGGAAUUAAUGAGGAAACUGUUAUCCAACAAGGUGCUGGAUGGUGCGCGGACAAGAAGGGUGGCUGUUCUUACAGCGACCAGGACUUACCGUUGAUGCAAGCACUGGUCGCAACACCGGGCGUUAUCGGCCUCUUUUCCGGCCACGAUCAUGCCAAUUCAUGGUGUUUCAAGUGGGACUCCAAGGCCGGCGACAUGGACAUCACUGGAAGCGGCAUCAACCUUUGCUACGGGCAACAUACUGGAUAUGGUGGAUACGGUGACUGGAUUCGAGGUGGUCGUCAAAUUGUCGUGACGCAGGAAGGUCUCAAGAACUAUGAAAUUGACUCACACAUUCGGCUUGAGUCUGAUGAAGUUGUUGGAAGGAUCUCUCUGAACUCGACUUAUAAUGAAGACAGCUACGAAGCAACACCAAACCAAAAGACGUUUCUCAGCGACGCGAGCUACUCUUCGCCGACGCCUUCCACGAGACCGGUUUCCUUGGCUGCUCAUUUUGGACUGCAAACAGCAUUCACUUCACCACUUGUCGUUUUUGCAGGCGUUAUUGCUUGGGUUAUGAUUUAG